CUACUAUAGUUUUGAUGUAUUAAAAAGAUUUACGAUAAAUUCCUCUUAGUCCAAUCACUAGUUCCUACGUGACUUUUAGCCUGGAUUGGAUACCAUGGCAGCAUCGAACAACCCGUUCAACAGCCUGCUGAAGACGUUGGAGGUGAACGGGAAGAGCUACAAAUACUAUGAUCUUGCGCAACUCGGCGAUAAAUAUGUUCGUCUCCCGUACAGCAUUCGUGUCCUGGUCGAGUCGUGCAUACGCAACUGCGACAACUUCCAAGUACUCGAGAAAGAUGUCCAAAAUGUCCUCGACUGGGAAACGAACCAGAACUCUGAGAACGGCGUCGAGAUAGCGUUCAAACCGGCUAGAGUUAUACUACAGGAUCUCACAGGUGUUCCAGCGGUAGUAGAUUUCGCUGCUAUGCGUGAUGCUGUCAAGGAUUUGGGUGGUAAUCCGGACAAGAUCAACCCAAUCUGUCCAGCUGACUUGGUCAUCGAUCAUUCUGUGCAAGUCGACUUUGCUCGAUCAUCUGAUGCCCUCGCUAAGAACCAGGAGCUGGAGUUUACAAGGAACAAGGAGAGGUUUCAGUUUCUUAAGUGGGGUGCUCAAGCGUUCAACAAUAUGCUGAUAGUUCCUCCUGGGUCUGGAAUUGUUCACCAGGUGAAUUUGGAGUACCUAGCCCGCGUGGUGUUCACCGGUGAGCUCUUGCAUCCAGACUCGGUGGUGGGGACGGACAGCCAUACCACAAUGAUCAACGGUCUCGGAGUUGUCGGAUGGGGUGUGGGGGGUAUAGAAGCAGAGGCGGUAAUGCUGGGUCAAGCCAUCAGCAUGUUGCUACCGAAGGUGGUGGGCUACAAACUGGUGGGAGAAUUGGACCCGCUCGUCACCUCAACGGACUUAGUGUUGACCAUUACUAAGCACCUGCGCUCGCUGGGCGUGGUGGGCCAGUUCGUGGAGUUCUUCGGGCCGGGCGUCGCGGCGCUGAGUAUCGCCGACCGCGCCACCGUCGCCAACAUGUGCCCCGAGUUCGGCGCCACCGUCGCGCACUUCCCCGUCGACGGCCGCUCGCUCCAGUACCUCCGGCAGACGAAUCGCUCGGCGGAGAAGAUAAAAGUCAUCGAGGAGUAUCUGAAAGCGACCAAACAGUUCAGGAACUACAGCGACCCCUCCCAAGAUCCCGUGUUUUCAAAGGUGGUGGAGUUAGAUCUGUCGACAGUUGUGACGUCAGUCAGCGGUCCCAAGAGGCCCCAGGACAGGGUCUCCGUGUCCGUCAUGAAGAAGGACUUCAACGACUGCCUGAGCAAUAAGGUCGGCUUCAAAGGCUAUGGCUUGUCACCAUCCCAACUGUCCGCGUCCGGAAGCUUCUCUUUCAGUGAUGGGAAGACUUACACCAUCACCCACGGGUCGGUGAUCAUCGCGGCCAUCACCUCCUGUACCAACACUUCCAACCCUAGUGUGAUGCUCGGAGCUGGUCUCCUAGCCAAGAAGGCAGUUGAGAAUGGUCUAAGCGUUCUGCCAUACAUCAAGACCUCUUUAUCUCCUGGAUCAGGAGUUGUCACCUACUAUUUGAGGGAAUCCGGCGUUGUUCCGUACUUGGAGAAGUUAGGGUUCGACAUCGUCGGCUACGGUUGUAUGACUUGCAUCGGUAACUCGGGACCCAUCGAUGACAACAUCGCUAAUACCAUUGAAAAGAACGAGCUGGUCUGCUGCGGUGUUCUAUCAGGCAACAGGAACUUCGAGGGUCGCAUCCACCCCAACACCAGAGCCAACUACCUCGCCUCCCCACUGCUGGUCAUAGCGUACGCGCUCGCCGGAACAGUGGAUAUCGACUUCGAGAAGGAGCCACUGGGUAAGCGAGCAGACGGAUCUUCGGUGUUCCUGAGAGACAUCUGGCCCACGAGGUCAGAGAUCCAGGAGGUAGAAAACAGGCAUGUCAUACCGGGGAUGUUCAAGGAGGUGUACGCAAAGAUCGAACAAGGCUCGCCAUCUUGGCAAGCAUUGGACGUGCCACAGGGGAAGCUGUACGGCUGGGACCCCAACUCCACCUACAUCAAGAAACCACCAUUCUUCGAUGGCAUGACCAAGGAUCUGUCACCAAUGAAAAGCAUAUCGAACGCUCGUUGUCUACUUCUUUUGGGUGAUUCCGUGACAACUGAUCACAUCUCGCCCGCCGGUUCAAUCGCGAGGAAUUCUCCGGCUGCGAGAUUCCUGGCUUCUAGAGGGCUAACUCCCCGAGAAUUCAACUCAUACGGUUCCCGACGCGGUAACGACGCGGUGAUGUCCCGCGGGACCUUCGCCAACAUCCGCCUCGUGAACAAACUGGCGCCGCGCCCGGGACCCCAGACCACCCACCAGCCCAGCGGGGACGUGCUCGACAUAUUCGAUGCGGCUGACCGUUACGCGAAGGAAAACGUACCCCUAAUAGCGAUAGUCGGCAAGGACUACGGCUCCGGGUCUAGUCGGGACUGGGCCGCCAAGGGACCAUUCUUGUUGGGCAUAAAAGCGGUGAUAGCGGAGUCCUUCGAACGCAUCCACCGUUCGAACCUCGUGGGUAUGGGCAUCAUGCCGCUCCAGUUCCUCGAGGGGCAGAACGCUGACAGCCUGGGUCUGAUGGGCACCGAGGUGUACUCCAUCGACGUACCGGAGGACUUGGUGCCGCAUCAAGUGCUCACUGUUAAGGUUGACAACGGGAAGUCAUUCCAGGUUAUAGUACGUUUCGACACAGAAGUCGACCUCACUUACUUCAAGAAUGGAGGAAUCUUGAACUACAUGAUCAGGAAGAUGCUAUAAUGUACUUUUAUAUAAAUAAAAAAAUUACAGAACACCACAA